GGCGACAGACCACAGUCAACUACAAUUCGCAACCUCACUACCGCACAGCGGAGCGCUGCAAGUGGACGAAUCUCCGCUCGCAAAGAUAUGUUCGGAACCAGCCAAUAAGAGCGACCGGUCUAUAAAUAGAACUGCGGAUAUAUAUAGAACUGACCACGUGCGGCCUCCUCUGGUGGCGCGCAGUGCGAGUGUAGAUAUGGGCGAUGCGAUGGAUGUCAUGAUCUGCGAACGGUUCAUACCGAUGAAGUCACAGAGCGUCCGAAGGGUCAUCCUCUACGACGACGUGGUUAAGCUGAAAGAGCCGUGGGAGAUCAAGCGCGAGCGGGUGCGCACCGCCUCGCCCUACGGACACCUUCGCAACUGGAAUGUGUUGUCGGUGAUUGUCAAGAGCGGUGAUGAUUUGCGACAGGAUGUUUUGGCGUCGCAAUUGCUGUUACAAUUCGAGCUGAUCUGGAAGACGGAAAAGGUCGAUCUGUGGCUGCGACCUGUGCGCGCGAUGAUCACAUCUAACAACAGUGGGAUCAUCGAAACCAUCCACGACGCCAUCUCCAUCCACUCCAUCAAGAAGCACAACAACGGCUCUCUCUACGAGUACUUUGUUCAGGAGUAUGGGCCCGUUGGGUGUCCCCGAUGGAAUAAAGCGCAGUACAACUUCAUCCAAAGCAUGGCUGCGUAUUCGUUGGUCGCCUACUUCUUACAGAUUAAGGACCGGCACAACGGCAACAUCAUGCUGACUCGUGACGGCCAUCUGGUGCACAUUGACUUCGGCUAUUUCAUCUCCUCAUCGCCGCGCAAUAUGGGCUUUGAAUCGGCGCCGUUUAAGCUGACCACUGAGUUUGUCCAGGUGAUGGGUGGGGUGGAUAGCCCUGGCUACCGGAAGUUCCGAGAUCUUCUGUUCAUCGGGUUUGUCACGGCCAAGAAACACAUGGAGAACAUACUGGUGCUUGUGGACAUCAUGCAGAAAGGUUCUGAUUUGCCGUGCUUUGUGGCGGGUCUCGAAUGCCGUCGGUUGAUGAAGGAAAGAUUUUUUCACUCCGAGACUGAACACAAUCUCAAACUACUGGUGAAUGGGUUGGUGGACAGGUCUCUGGAUGCCAUGUCCACUGUAUUGUAUGAUAACUACCAGUACUACACGAAUGGUAUUUUGUGAUGACCCAAAGCGUCUCGUCAAGGAGUCAUCAGGGAUAGUAUGCAGGGGCUUGCAGAAGGGCCAACGUUUGACACCCUUCUGUCACUGGCCGUGACACCCGUGUUGUGUUAGGGUUCCAAGUUGUCAACACACUAGGGGAGCCGUCACGCCGACUAUCGACCAGUCUAUGGCACAGUUAUAGCGACUGAGAACAUCACCGUUGAACACAUGCGCUCCCAAUCAAUCUGCGUGACACCCUUAUGUAUAAAUGGCUGUAUAUGCACCGGUGUGUGUCCAGAAGCACAGGAUCGAUGCGUUUACACGGACCGCCCUGCUGGGGAACCGACGGAUAGACAGUCGGUGGUCGCCAUGGGAGAUGGCGGUGCAAACUCACUACUCAGAGUGUUUGAUCCCUGUGGGUGUGCUUGCUCCUUACUUCCAACAAGUAGUGAUACAUACAACUCCUUGUUUGGUAGCCCAGUGCCAUAAGUCCCCUUUGGAUGAUAUAUACGCAUAGCGUAUUUGGCCCAAGCGAGGCUACUGGGGAGCAUUGUAAUUCUGGCUUAAUUUGGAUGUUUGGACGAAGGUAGUAUAAACAGACCAUAAGAUCCUUGUCGCUAUUCAAGCGAAAUAAUCUGUUGAUGAAAGAUCGAAAGAUCGUUGGAACAAACCCACUGCCUGUAAUCGCGGCGGGGCGCUUUUGCUACCAAGCAUUUGUUACUACAGGGAAUACGACUAAACGAUUGUCUGGCGCUAGCCAUACUUUAGUCGACCUGAAGGCAGAUGUGAUGGGACAGAUAGAUAAGAAUGGCCAAUAAAGUCAUACAAACGCAGCGUCCACUACUAUGAGUAACGGCCAAGAGAAUGUCAAAUAAAACGCUUUUCAAAUCGUACAAUGACAAUCAGGGAAUCCAAAGAUGAUUAGCA